GCCUGCGUCUGGGCGCUUUGGCCCUGCUGCUGUUCGUAGGUUGGAGCCGUGGGCCUGCAGCCCUGCAGGAGGAGGAGGAGGAGGAAAAAAAGAAGAAAAAGAAGAAGAAGGCCGAGGCCCAGUCCUCUUGCAAAUUUCCAUUUUAGUCUGUCUCGGUCCUGUGCAAGGAGGAAGCAAGAAACCCCUCCUUGUCCUACUCCCCAGGUACAGUUGAUGCCAAAGUACUAUGAAUCUUAAAACCAUUUGGAGAGACUACAAAGUUCUGAUUGUUAUGGUGCCUUCUAUUGGGCUGAUACAUUUAGGGUGGCAUAGCAUCAAGAACAGUCCAGUUUUCCAAGUACCAAACCAGGACACGAUUCCGGAACCUGCGAUUGUGACCCAUGUGACACAGCAGGAAGCUUCAAAAAAAGCAAAGUAGAAAAUCAGGCAGCAUCAUAAAGCUUCUUUGUGUUUUUGAUGAUUUUGAGUGUGAGAUCAGAAAGAUUAUGAGAUCAAAGAUCAAGCCAGAUCCUAUGACGGGUGUGCCACCUAGCCCACUAUUGGCAACUUACAGCUAUUAUUAAUUGAAGAUUUUAACAAGUGGCUCUGGAAAGACCUCAAAAUGGAAAUUCAGGAUGUGAUAUUUAUGUACAUAUAUAGAAUUUUGAUUCUUUUACAUCAAAAGAAAUGAAGAAAAGCAGUUGGAUAAGAAGAAACUGGCUCCUUGUGGCUGGGUUAUCUUUCAUAGGGGUCCAUCUUGGUACAUACAUUAUACAGAUAACAGCCAAAAAUUCUGCUAAAUCUGUCUUAGAAACUAAACAAAAGAGCCUUGAAGAAUGAAGCGAUCCGAUUCUCGAAGUCGCCCACUUGUCAUUCUUACAGUAAGAUGUGCCAGGCUUUUCAAAACCUGAACCUGUCUAACCGCAUGGGUCCGUGAUGACAUAUUGUAAUUUUGCUUCCUGAAAAGUAACUGUAUUAAAUUAAGAACGUGUGUUAAAAUGCAAUAAAUCCAAGAGUUCGAUGAACAAAAUAAAAAUUGUGUCUCUACAACUUGUAGGUUGAAAUAAGAUGGCUCGCCUAGAAGCAAAAAAGCCUUCAUUGUGCACCAGCGUACAGCUCACUAAAGACGCUGUUAGUCAGUCCCUGUCUGUACUAAGAGGAAUUGUAGCAUCUUGUUAUGGCCCCUGUGGGCGACUGAAACAACUGCACAAUGGCGUUGGAGGGUGUGUCUGUACAACUUCUCAGUCGUGUGCCAUAUUGGGUAGACUUUCUGUCACCCACCCAGUACUAAAGAUCCUGACCACCUCGGUGCAGAAUCAUUUAACCCGCUUCAGUGACUGUGGCUUAUUUACAGCCAUUCUUUGCUGCAACCUGGUUGAGCGUUGUCAGAAAAUAAACUUAGCUCCCCGAACUGUCAUUGAAGCAAAUAAACAUCUUUUGAGCCUCUGCGUAGAGUACCUCACAUCUGAGGUCUGUGCCUGUCGAAUCCCAGUUGACUUUAGCAGAACGAGAACUCUCCUUCAGUUGGUGCGAAGUAUAUUAACAAGUAAGCCGGCCUGCAUGCUGACUGUAAGAGAAGUAGAUCAUAUCGGGGCGUUGAUUCUAAGAGCCUUUUUGCUUACUGUUCCGCAAAAUGCUGAAGGUGGUGGUAUCUUGGGGAAGAGCGUAAUUGUCCCUUUAAAGGGUCACAGAGUUAUGGAUUCUACUGUAUUACCUGGACUGCUUAUUGAAAUCAUGCCGGAAUUUCAGUUGAUGAGGAUGUUUCCUGACAAAACGUUGCCCGUGCGUACCCAAAAGAUGGCACUCUUCUGUGUUUCCAUGGCUGGAGACCUUCCUGAUGCCGGAGAAGGAACUGUGGUGAUCAGUUGUGAUGUGUCCCUGGAAACCGCAGCCCUGGAUCAGUUGCUUAUCUUAGGGAAACAGCUGAUUAAUGACCAAGUCGAUCUUGUGGUGUGCCAGAAAGUUAUCCACCCAUCUUUGAAACAGUACCUCAAUCGGCAUCAUAUCAUUGCCAUAGACAGAGUCGGACUGGCUUUGAUGGAGCCGUUGGCUCAAAUGGCAGGUGCACAGCCUAUCGGCUCCCUAGAUUCUGUGUCUCCUGCUAGUUAUGGCAAUGUGAAGGAUCUGUGCUUUGCGAACUUUGGUUCCAAACACUUCUUGCAUCUAAUUCCAAAUGAUGACACUGUCUGCAGUUUGAUACUCUGCAAUAGAAAUGAAACUGCAUGGGAGGAACUAAAGCUUGCUUGUCAGACGGCACAACAUGUCUUACAACUAACUAUCAAGCAACCUUUGGCUUUGUUAGGAGGUGGCUGUACUGAAACUCACUUGGCCACCUUUAUAAGGCAUAAGAGCCGCAGUGUGCCUGACAGCGUUCUCGAAGCCAGUGACUGUUCUCGGAUAGAAUAUCAGUUAGUUGCUGAUGCUUUUUGCAAUUCCCUGGAGUCUGUCGCUCGUGCUCUGGAGCACGAUGAGGGUGAAAUUCUCACCGAUGUAGAGUAUGGACACUGUUGGUCUGUUCAACCAGGUUCUCCAGCUAAUGUUGAUUGGGCAGAGUUGGUUUCCAGAUGUGGUUGCGGAACAUACAGUAACCGGGAAAAACUCAACUGGCGCAACUUACGUAGUCCUUCUCAUCCUUUAUCUCCCCCAAACUGCCCUAGCCAGCAGGCUUUAGACUCUGUCGACCAACUGACUUUGGACUGCUUUGCUGCAAAGCUUAAUGGUCUUCAAGUCGCUGUGGAAACAGCCUGUCUGAUUUCGGAUCUUGCAUAUGUCGUUGAAGAUAAAAAUUAAAAUUAAUUUCUGAAUUUUUUAAAUUCAAAAAUAUCGAUCAUACUUAGUCACAGCCUAAUUUUGCAUUUCUUUUUACAUAGAGCCUACAUGAACUUAAAAGUUCUGCCUGUUUCCCAGCAGUUAAUACUGUGCCCUGAUACAGUAGUUUCUUGCUAAAAGCCAUUGAUUGAUUUAUCAGGGACAGAAGAUUGGGCUUAGAUGGAUAAAAGUGUCAAAUAGAACAGAGUAUGAAUAUCUGACAAUUCUUGUUAAAUGUGGUUUAGGAACCAUAUGCUUUGUUUCGAUCUGCACAGAUGUAACUUGAAUUUGUUUAUUUGAGGGAUUUAUUUUUCUAAGAUUGUGAAAUAAUAGAGGAAAGGUUUGUUUCACCAUAAGCAAUGGGGAUAUUUUCUGUUCAUCAGAAAGUAUUAAAACAUUUAAAGUAUAAAUUUGCAUUCAGAAUUACCCCAAGCCCCCUAGUAAGGGCCGUUCAGUUUGAACAGUAUUUAACUUCUUCACUUCUUUAGACUGUGAGCCCACUGUUGGGUAGGGACUGUCUCUAUAUGUUGCCAACUUGUACUUCCCAAGCGCUUAGUACAGUGCUCUGCACACAGUAAACACUCAAUAAAUAUGAUUGAUUGAUUGAUAUGGAAAAAAAUGAGAUGCCAUAGCUGUGCCUGCGACCAGCAUCAGGACCAGAUCUGGUUGCCUCCAUGAAAUACUUCUUUCCCCAUCCCAGAUGUUUCUCCAUGUUUGGACUGGCUUUUUGGAAAAUCUGUCAAAUGGGUGGACAAGGGGAAAAGAGUAGCUUGUGUAGUAGCAAAAAGUGAGGCUCUGAAUAGAUUAGACAAAGGCAAAACAAAACAAAGACUUAGAAUUUGUAGACAAAGAAGGAAAAGUGACUGGGAGACUGGCAUAGAGACAGAAAGGAUGUUGAGAUAGGGUUUGCCAACAGGGCUUCAAAAGAAAGCUUGGAGAAAAGAAAACGUACAAAAAGAGAGAUGACUAUAAAAAUGGUAGGGAAGUUUAAUUCUGGUUCACUCAGCAAGAAAGGGAGCUCUGAUUACGGGCAUGUUCUUGAAGCAGAAGCACUGAUGCUUCACAAAGAACUUUAAACAAGAGGAGUUGGACUUCACAGUGAUUGCUAGAUGGACUAAAUGAUAUGGUGGGCUUCAGCUGACUACCAGUUGGGAGAAAGCCUCAGUUCCAGUUUCUGGGUUAAAGUUUAAGGACACAUUUAUGUAACUGUGGAAACUGACAGUUUGACUAAAGUUGAUGAAACCAGGCUGAAAUUCAAGAUGCUUCUUUCCAAAACUCUAAUGGCCCAGGAAGAAAUUUUGGCUUCAGGCUCCAGAUGCAUUUGGAGCAAUGCACCUGGUCAUCCCGUGCCUCCCUUAAUGUCAAUUGAGAAAUUGACCAAGCCUUAGAGGUUUCCUGAAUAUUGCUCCAGAGUUGUACCUGUGUACUCUCAGAAUCCAACAGGGGAUUAGAUGUAUAAUAUACAUAUAUUUUAUAUAUAAAAUAUAUUCUAUAUUGUAAAGUGUUUUUUUAAAUAAUUUGUCAUGAGUGGAAAAUUAGUGGAAAGAACUUCCACAAAAAACAAUUUUUGUUCUCAAUAGAGCACCCUCUCAUUGUAAUGAGGAUUAACUACAAGGUGGAAGCAAAAAUGUGGCAAUUGUCAAACACCCUAUGGUCCAGGGUAUUUUAUGGACACUAAGUAAGAAGUAUUGGUGUCAUUUGUUACAAUCAAUUCUAGUAUUCUAUGAAAUCAGAGAAACACUAUUUGAACGCAGGAGAAAAUCAGCAUUAAAGAUGUUGUGUAUUGACUGAUGAAAGUUGGGAGGGAAUUCCAUUUGCCACUACUGCACAUCCCUUUCAAAAAGGAUUCUGGGAGAAUCCAUCACAGAAGAAGUAGGCAAAGGGAUAAAUGAUAAUCAAUCAAUGGUAUUUAUUAAGUGUUUACUGUGUGCAGAGCACUGUACUAAGAGCUUGGGAGAGCACAAUACAACAAAGUUGGUAGCACGUUCUCUGACCACAUUGAGCUUUCAAUCUCGAGGGUGUGUUCUAUUCUGUUAUCUAAAUACGGAGACUCUAAAGCCAGGGGAAAUAAACUUCUAAAAUGAAAACACAAAA